AUCCAACAAGCCCCAUCUUCAGCACAAAAAUCUUAUCGAUCGAAAUGGCUUCGAUAAUCUCUGUUCUAGGAUGGUUAUCCAUUAGUUCAAUAAUUAUUAUAGUUAUUAUUGUUACACAAAUAUUCCAGCAAUUCCCCAAAUCCAGCAGCAACACUAAAACCUCAAAUCUCCCUCCUGGUAAAACAGGUUGGCCUUUGUUAGGCGAAACUUUAGCCUAUGUUUUUUCCCCUGAAAACUUCAUAUUCGAUCGGAUGAAAAAAUAUUCUCCCCAUGUUUUCAAAACAUCUUUAGCUGGGGAAAAAACAGCAGUCUUUUGUGGGCCUUUAGCCAACAAAUUCAUCUUCUCAAAUGAGGGUAAGCUGGUCAAAUACUGGCUCCCUCGCUCAGUUUCAACACCUCUUUCCUACAGAAAAACAGAGUCAAAUUCACCAUCAGGAAAACCAACACAUGAUCUCUCAUAUCAGUUCCUCAAAGUAGAGUCUAUUCAGCACUAUGUAUCUAUGGUUGAUUCCAUGACUCGACAACAUUUAGACAAAUAUUGGGCACCUUUUCUCCAAGUGAAGGCCUAUAAUCUAGCAAAAGAGUUCACCUUAGCUUUGUCAUGUCGAAUAUUAGUUAAUUGUAGUAUUGAUGAUCCUAACUUUGAUCUUCAGGUGAGAGAACUCACAGAGCCCUUCUUCCUUUUGGUACAGGGGAUUUUAUCUGUCCCUCUGUAUUUCCCUGGGACGCCUUACUACAAGGCUAUUAACGGAGGGAAACUUGUCAAGGAGAGGCUUGUUAAAAUAAUUAAGCAAAGAAAAGUUGAAAUGGAGGAGAAACAAGAGUAUGAUGAAUCUAAGUGUCAAGACUUAUUGGGUCAAUUGCUUGUGGAUUCCCACAAAAAUGGCAAGUUUUUGAAUGAGGAAGAGAUUACUAGUAAGAUCAUCGGUCUUAUGUUUGCGGGUUUUUACCCUACCAGUAACACCAUUACUUUUCUCAUCAACAACCUUGCACAACACCCUGAUAUCUAUGAUAAGGUUUUACAAGAACAAACGGAGAUCACAAAAUCAAAAGAACCAGGUGAAGCCUUGAGUUGGAUGGACGUGCAAAAAAUGAAGUAUUCUUGGAAUGUAAUUUGUGAAACAAUGAGAUUAACAGCGCCCGUGCCGGGAAAUUUUAGAGAGGCUAUAACUGAUUUCGCCUAUGCUGGAUUCGACAUCCCCAAAGGGUGGAAGGUCCAUUGGUCUGUGUGUGCAACUCAUAAGAACCCUGAUUACUUCCAAAAUCCAGAAACUUUUGAUCCUUCAAGAUUCCAAGGAAAUGGACCGGCACCUUACACAUUUGUACCAUUUGGGGCAGGACCUAGAAUGUGUGCAGGAAAGGAAUUCGCUCGCAUCCAACUUCUUGUUUUUCUACACAAUUUAGUCACUAGAUUCAGGUUUAAUAAGGUGAAUCCUACAGAGAAGAUUAUCUAUAACCCAGAUGCGAUUCCUAUACAAGGUCUUCCAAUUUACCUAAAACCUCAUAGCUGCUGAUCACCAAGUCCGUCCUAAUUACUAAAAUAAAAAUUUAAUGGAUUCACAUUCAUGUUAAUUAAUUUGUUUAAUCUCUAGAUCUCUAAAUAUCCUUCAAGAAUGAUUGUGUGUUUGUGUUACAAGUAUAUUAUUGUACUAAGACAUAAUGUUUGUAUCAUAUCGGUUAUAUAUGUAAGUGUGUUAUAACCA